GGCGGUAAAUCGAUUAUGUCGCCCACUUGGGUGAGUAGGCUCGAUUCCUGUUUUGACUUCCAAGUAAUUCAUACGGAGUAACUUAUAACGCUUUCUUGUAGUAAAACUGUCCAGGUGCCAAGGAGGUGAAAGAGUGUAGAGUCCAUCGAACGUGAGGCGAGUCCGAUGACCGGUCGAUCCGAAACCCUCGUAUCCGCCGCACAUCACACACUUGUUCGGCUUGCAAAUGUUCGUUGGCUGGGUUGGCAAACGCCUAGAUUAGUUCAGGCUGAGACCUCACGCGGGAUGCCUUUCACGAACCGGGAAACAAACGGAAUCGUCACCCUCGGUUGCCGCGAUAUCAAGAAGGAAAACGUCACUUGCCCAUUAUUUCGACCCUAUCUACCAGAAAAGCAGCAGCCGCCAAGGAGGGAACCUAAAAAAGAGAAGACAUGUGGUUGGGAACAAACGCGCAGACACCCAUACGUACGGCCCGCUGCGUUGCCUAUGUGCUCCGCCCCCAGCCAACCAAGCUUGAUUGCAAAGUACACGGUGCGCCAGCAAAACAAAGCCUACGCUUGUAACACACGUCAACAUGACCUUAUUAUCCCUUCUGCCCUCAGUGGGAUCUCUAGAAGCCUCCCAUCGAACGCCCCAGAGCCUGGCUUUGGGUCACCGUUACGCAGCAGGAGCCCUGUCGUUUGCCGUGGACAACGUCAUGCGUCCAGUUACAGAGGUAUCUUGUGUCGAUUGUGUGUGUGUGUGCAGUGCGAAGGAGCUGGGACGAACCAAAUCAACACUCAUCUAUGCGUAGAAGUAUGGAAAGCAGCCUUUGCGCGGAAGGAGAGAAAAGCGAACGACACAGCAUCGUCCGAGCCAAAAUGUGAUCCCUACACCGUCAUGAGCUGCGCAUUCCCUUCCUCGUCCAUUCUGCCCAGCUGUAUCCCCUCCGCCGAGAAAAAUCCGUAAAAUGCCAUAGAACACAGGUAAGGAAAGCGGGCUUCGUAGAAAUCAGGGACGAUACGUUUAGCAGCAGCCACCUCCCGAGUUCGAGGAGACACCGUGGCCGGGGCCGACCUGUACGGAGGGUUUCGUGUUGUUCGCGGUCGUGCUGCCCAUGCGCUCCUUGAU